GCUGGGAUUUGGCUGCUGGGAUUUGGCUGCUGGGAUUUGGCUGCUGGGAUUUGGCUGAGAUGUAUGUGACUGCAUUUGUUGGAUUUCGCGGGUUGAACCGGUAUCGGUGCCUUGGUACCCCGAUAGCUCCGUCGUCCCCGAGCAAUAAUUUAAGUUAUGAGAUCGCGUAGUCGCGCCGCCCUAUCAGAAAAAGCACGUUUCGAUGGAUUAAGGCCCGAACCACCACCCUUCAAACCCUUUCCCCUCCUUCACAAGCAUCUCCAGGCCGAGAAUUGGUCCUUCCUACAAAACAUCACAUAUCAAUCAGCUCGUGCUCCUGUUGCUUCAUCCUUCUCUAAUAUCGCCAUCCUUCGGUCUCUCUCUCUCUCUCACACAGGUCUCAACAAAAACUCCCAACCCCCCCCAACCCAACAACAACAACAUGUUCAAGACCACUCUCUCCCGGGCAGCAGCUCACGCUGAGCGUCAGCCGUUGAUCAAGUUUUUGGGCAAGCGCACAGUCCCAGCCUCCGUCGACCACACUCCCUCCGUCCACCCAGCCUCCCCAUCCUCCGCCCUCCCCGGCCAAGGCUCCCCCUCCUUCUCCGCCUACCGCCAGCACGCCCAACAACACGGACCCCUAGGCCGCAACAUCCGUACUGACAGCUCCGUCGGCUCCAUCCCCGGCCGUGACCUCGGCCCCGUCGCCGCGGCACAGGGCGAGUUCUUCGACCGCAGCGAGCUGCCCGUUCGCUUCCGACGCUCUCCUUACACAGAGGCGGAGAUCGAGGCUAUUGAGACGGGCGGCGCUACCAUGGUCUGCUGAGGCGUGACAUGAGCGCUGGUGGAGUGGGAUUUUUACUGGAUUUUUUUGGAAACAUACAUGGGGCGGAAAUACCCUCGGAGACAAACCAUUUUUUUACGUCAAGCGAUUGUUGGGAUGGCGGGAGUGAUUGAUGGCCGGGCGACCUGGGAGGUCGCUGGAGGCCGGGAGGGGGUUUGAUACAGGUUUAAACACAGGUUGAUACUUGGCUGGAUACUUGUAAUGAAAUAGGAAGACCAAGACCUGGCGACGGACGAGUCCCGGAGGUCUUCAAAAUGUGGCCUCUGAAGCUGCACAUUUCGUUAUCUAUAUAACGACGAAAAUAAAACGAAUUAUAAACAUCAUAU